CGUCUUAUAAACCCAGCGUCGAGGGUCAUAUCAGCAUUAUUUUAAUACAUCACACAUCAACAGGAUCAUCAUCAUCUUCAUCGGCAGCCAUGUUCUCCCGUUCUCUCCUGCUGCUUCUGCUGGGUCUUUCCUGCCUUCAGAGCUUCACAAUGGCACAGCAUGCAAAUGGAGCAGGAUUGUGCUGUUUCGAGUUUCACAAAAAACCGUUCCCCGCAGCGAACGUUGUCUCUUUCUUAGUAACCAGAUUUGACUGUACACUUCCUGGAGUCGUUUUGACCACAAAGAAGGGUUUUCGCUUCUGUGCAGAUCCUGAGGUGGACUGGGUGCAGCAGAUCAUGAAAACUAAACCACCCACAGCCUAGAUUGAGACGACAAAUUAAAGCGUCUCUCCAUGAAAUUAGCUUUACUUUUCUUUCAUUUACUUACAUAUUACUUAAAGCAGUUUGAUAUUGUGUGAACAAGACAGAGGUUUUUUUUUCUAUCUUAUCUAUAUUUUUAUUGUUCUAUUUUAUUUACUACACAAAUAAAGGACACAUUUCUAGCGGAUUUUGGCCAUUAUUUUCAUUUUUUUGUUUUUUGAAACAAUCUCUCCAUGAAAUUAUCUUUACUUUGCUUCAUUUCACUUACAUAACCUGUAAAGCAUUUUGAUGAUGUGUGUAACAAGACAAAGCUUGUAGCUACACACACACCAGUUUAUUUUAUCUUCAGCACAAAUAAAGGACACCAUUGUUACUCAUG